AGUUUUAUUGCUUUAUUUUGUCCCUGUUUUUUAGCGAGUUCGCAUCCCGCAGCGAUCGUGUUAUGAUAAUAGAAAAAUGAGUGACAGUGGUGUACAGUUCUUUGAGGGAGUCGAGAAGCUCCUCGAAAUUUGGUUUACGAACGGAAGGGAUAGCAAUAAGCAUUCCGAUUUGCGAAAGAUUCCGAGGGGGAAGUUGGAAUCGAUUUUGAAAAUUGUGCAUUGUGAAAUUAUCAGUUUUGUGAAUAACGACCAAAUCGACGCCUAUGUGCUGAGCGAAAGCUCCAUGUUCAUAUCGAAACGUCGAUUUAUCCUGAAGACCUGCGGAACGACCACCCCCCUGAUGUGCCUGCAACCGCUCCUGCUCCUCGUCGAGCAGUACGCCGGCUUCACCGAGGUCGAGGAUCUCUUCUACUCGCGCAAGAACUACAAACGACCCGAAUUACAGGUCCAACCCCAUCAAGAUUUCGAUCAGGAGGUGGCGCUUUUAGAUACCUUGUUUCCGGACGGUAACGCUUACUGCUUAGGUACGAUGAAUAAGGACUGCUGGUACUUGUACACCCUGAACCCGCCCAGGGAUACGAUAAGCGCCGGAAUACCGGAACCCGAUCCGGAUCAGACCCUCGAAAUUCUUAUGACCGAUUUAGAUCCCGACAUUAUGUCGAUAUUUACUAGGGAGGAAUGUCUGAACGCCGCCGAGGCCACAAAGAAAUCGGGAAUCGAUAAGAUUAUUCCAAAUAUGGUCGUCGACGAUUUCCUUUUCGAACCUUGCGGAUACUCGAUGAAUGGGAUUUCCAAAAAUGUUUACCCCGAAGGCUGCUACAUGACCAUCCACAUCACUCCCGAGCCGGAAUUCUCGUACGUCAGCUUCGAAACCAACAUGUCCACGGCCUCCUAUCGCGAGAUCAUCACGAAAGUACUGGACACGUUUCAUCCGGGCAAGUUCGUCGUUACGAUCUUCACUAAUCAGGCGUCUGCCGCCUUGGACAGUCCGAAGGAGGUGAAGCGCUGGCAGACGAUCGGGCAGUGGAAACGUCACGAUAUGCAGCACUGCUGCUUCAAGGACUACGAUCUGACGUACGCGUUCUAUUCUAAGUUUCCGAGCUGAGGGUGUCCGGUAGAGCUGUGUGCAAUCACGGCUUCUACCCCUUCGUUUCAUUUCAUCGUCACAGUCGGCGUAACGUUACAGUUGGUCCCGGCGAAAAAGACCAACUGGAACGUUAUCGAUACAUACUUAAUUAUAAUUUACUUGUACUUCAUUUAUCCCGUGCAUCUGUACUCGUUCACAGAUUUUGCUUCGCCUCUAAUUUUAUACUGCUGGUGGCGUAACAAAAUUUCGUGAGAAUCAUUUUAAAGAGCUUUUAAAGACGGUAGGACAUAGUGUCUUAUAUGUUACUCCUUUGUACCUAUGAGGGUUAGGGUAGACAUAUUAUGUGUAAAUUUCAUUUCUUUGAUUUCUCCUACACUAUGUUCGACUACCUACUUUAAAAGUGCGGCACGAAAAUGUUUUAUUAUUUUAUACGGUAGAGCUGCAAAUUCUGUUUUAUUAUCGGACCUCAAGGCAGGUUUCGAACACUUUGUAUUGGGGGCUUCUUAAAGGCAAGGUUGAAAAGGUCCACUUAUUACUUGUAAAAAGACCUAACUUAAAUUAAGCGAAACAGAGGGGAGGGGGAGGGGUGAGUUGAUGUUUAUAAAUGCAGGCAACAUCGGGAGGUCGUUUCAAUUAAUCAAACUCGUUCCAUCUGAUGCUUGUAGAAAACUUUUCGCCUCCUUACGUAAAAGAAUAAAAAUCUGAAUGUUUAUUCAAUUUGUAAAAGAUAGUUUGUAGGGUUUAAUAUUUUAUAAAGGGAUGUUUAGGUGAUAUUUUCUCUUGUUUGGAGCAUGCGUUUUGUUAGCUAAGUGUUAUAUUUCUAUCUUCGUGUCAAAUAAGCAUCCUUAUUGGGGAGAACCGCUCAAAUUUAUUAUGGAAGUGAAUAUUCUUUGUAAAGAUAAAAUCUAAUAAUGGUAGUUUCUUCCGAUUUUCAUAAUUUAAGAUGAUGUUAAUCUAUUAAAUAUUUUGGUGUAAUAAAGUAUAUAGUUAUUUAAGAAA